AUGUUUAAGAAAUAUUUCUUAUUUUUAACUGUAUCCAUAUUUAGUAUUAUUUUAGUAUUAUUUAAAAAAGUAAAACAUGAAAAAUUUAAUUUGAAAUAUUCAAAAAACAGUGAAUGCUAUUUAAAUAAUGAAAUUUGCAGUGACGAUGAUAGCAAUUUUAAGAACAAUCGUGAAUAUGAUAUUGUGAAUUACAAUAGUAUACAUAAUAAUAAAUAUAAGGAUGCAAUUAGUCAUAUAUUAUAUCCACUUUUUUCAGAAACGAAUAAUGAAACUAAAAUUGAACAAAUAAUUUCUUUAUUUUUAGAAUUUUUUGAAAAUACAAAAUUUUUUUUUAUUAUCUCCUUUAGAUCAAUUUUAAAUAUAUUAGAUUCAUAUGGAAUAUUAUUAAUAUCAUUAAUAAAAUUACUUUUCUUGUGGUUCAUUAUUAUUGAGCCUUAUAUGAUAUUGCUAUUUUUUAAAUUAAAAAAAUUCUAUUUAAAUUCAAAUUACAAAACAAAAAAAUAUAUAAUAUAUAUAAUAACAGUAUUAUCAGCAUUUUCUUAUCUUGUUCAUGCAGGGGUAGUAAAAUACUUUUUAAUUAGAAUUUCUAAUUUUUACGAAUUAUUCAUAAAAAAAUUAUUUAAGAUAAAUAAAUUUUUGUUUAAUAUAUUUCCUUAUAUAGUCAGUCUUUUGUUAUAUACUAUUAUAAUAAAAACUGUUUCAAUUUCUAUUAUUUCAUUUUUUAUUUAUUCCUUUUUUUUUCCAUUUCCGUCAAUUUAUUCACUAAUAAUAAUUAUUAAGUAUAUCUAUUUGCCAAAUAUAAAUGAAUGUGUUAUCAGUUCUUUAUCAGAAAACAACUAUUUAGCAAAUAAUACUGAUGACGCUUAUGACAAUCCGAUAAAUAGCGAAAGUGGUAAUAUAAAUAUUGAUGAUGAAAGUAUUGAUAAUGAAAGAAUUGAUAAUGAAUUAGAGGAAAACAAGAAAACAACUAAAAUUAAUCGAGAAAUAAAAAAAGAUAAUAAAAAAAUAGAAAUUAAAAAAAUAAAAAAAGAACAAGAAGAAGAAAAAGAAAACAAAAAGAAAGUAACAGAUAAAGAACAAUACAAUGAAGAAAAAAAAGAAGAAGUAAAUAAAAAGAGUAAAAAAAAAAAUAAUACAAAUGUUGAAAAAAGAAAUGAAAUUAAAGAGAUAGAAAAAAUUUCUUUUAAAAAUAAUUCAGAAAAUAAACUAGUACCACAAAUUAAAAACGAGAAACCUAUUGAGCCUUUUAGCAACAAACAAAGUGAUUAUAAGAUAACUAAGUUAUUUAAAAAAAAUGAAAAAAAUAAUAUAUUUUAUUACGACGUUUCCUUUUUAUUAGAGUACUGGUUGUUUAUUAAUAUCUUAAAAUUUUUAAAUUUGUUGUUUUUUUUUAAUACGUAUAACAAAAUCCUUUUUUUGUAUGAAUAUUUUAUUCUGUUUGUUAUAAUAAUUAAUAUUAGUGAAAAAUUACACGAAUUUUUAUUUAUAAAAAAUUACAAAUCAUCAAUAUUGGUUCGUAUUUUAAAAAAAAUUUUGGUUAAUAUUGUUGAUUUUAUUUUGUACUUUUUAUUCAAUAUAAGAAUAAAAAAUGAGGAGAAACAAGGGGUAAAACAAAAUGAUGAUUGUGAUUUUCAGUAUAUUCAUAGAAGUAAUUUAUUAAUUAAAUUAUCAAAAAUUAUUAAAAAAAAGAUUAAAUUGAACGAAACAGUAAAGUUAAUUUUUUCCUUUUUAAAAUCUGUUAUUACAGAAAAUGUUACAGAAAGUGUUAAGUUACCAUUUUAUAUAAAAUUUUCCAUUAAUUUAUUAAUUUACAUGCCACAAUUAAUUUUGUUGAUUUUUCCUACAUUUGUUCUAAAAAUUUAUUUCGCGUAUUUCUUUUAUAUUUUCCCAAUUUUCGGAUCUCUCAAAUGCUUAGAAAAAAAAAAUUCAUUUCAUGAUAAAAUAUAUUUUAUAUGUUAUUUUUUUUUUUACAAUAUUGCAUCUGUUACAGUAAAUCAUACAUUUUUCAAAUUCCUACCUCUUCAUAAUUUAUAUAAAAUUUUGAUAACAAUUUCUAUUCAAACGAUUCUUAAAUACAUUUUUAAUGUUCUUAAAAUAAAAAAUUAA